UGGGAGCUGUCUUUUUUGUGAUGGUCCCCAUGGUGACAAUUUGUGACGGCAAAGAAUGUGGGAACGGGGCGCCGCCGCCUGAUUGGGAUGCUUUGUAUCUGGAGAGGCGCUCCUGAUUGGCCUGGGGCCCCGGCUCCGGAGUUGUCCUCCAUUCAGCCCCUCAAGGGCUGCACAUCUCGCCCUCGCAGAGCAGAGCUCUGGCCGCCUGGCCUGCCCCAGGUCUGCGGGGGAACCUGCCGGGCCGCCUUGGCGGGCCCGGUCCGCACCUUCGGUCAGCUCUGUGCCCCUCCUUGGAGCCGCCAGCCGCCAGCAGAGUCCACUCUCUUCAUGGAAAGCCCCAGGCAGUGGCCCCCUGGUGAUGGCGUCGGACAGUGACGUGAAGAUGUUGCUGAACUUCGUGAACCUGGCCUCCAGUGACAUCAAGGCGGCCCUGGACAAGUCCGCGCCCUGCCGCCGCUCUGUGGACCACCGCAAGUACCUGCAGAAGCAGCUCAAGCGCUUCUCCCAGAAGUACUCGCGGCUCCCGAGGGGCCUUCCCGGCAGGGCCGCUGAGCCCCACCUGAAAAGGGGGCCCGAAGACCGGCCCGGGAGGCUGCCCCUCCAUCCUGGCCCUGACGCCAACCCUGGUGGGGGUGGAGGCUGCAAGGAGAAGGCUCUGGGGAACCCCUUCAGGGAGGAGCAGACCCUCCAGGGGCAGAGUCCAGACGCUGCCAAGCCUGGCCAGGUGCCCAUGAGGAAAAGACAGCUGCCCGCUUCCUUCUGGGAAGAGCCGAGGCCCACCCACAGCUAUCCUGUGGGGCUGGAGGGGGGACUGGGCCCCAGGGAGGGACCUCCCUAUGAGAGUAAGAAAAGUUGCAAGGGCCUGGAGUCCUUGGGGCCGGAGACGGCCCCGGUGCCCAUGUCCCCAAGGGUGCUGGCUGACAAGGAGCCCCUCAAGAUGCCCGGGGUCUCCCUGGUGGGCCGUGUGGAUGCCUGGAGCUGCUGCCCCUUCCAGUACCAUGGACAGCCCAUCUACCCAGGCCCUCCAGGGGCCCUGCCUCCCAGCCAGGUCCCUGGUCUGUGCCUGUGGAGGAAGAGCCCGGCUCCGCCCGGGGAGCUGGGUCACUUCUGCAAGGACGCGGAAGGCCCGGGGCAGAAGGUGCACAGACCCGUGGUUCUGAAGCCCAUCCCCACUAAGCCGGCCGUGCCCCCACCCGUCUUCAACGUCUUCGGCUACCUCUAGCUGGGCUGGGAGGGACUUGGCCCCGCCUCCGAUACCAGGGGCCCCGGCGAGCUCCCCUCGGGAGGAGGGGCUGGGCAGUGGCCUGGCCUCUUGGCAUUCCAACAGCCCUCCCCUUUGUGUGCGUGGGGAAGGGCAGCACUGGGUUGGGGGCUUCUCAGGCAGUCACCAGCCAGGCCCCGCAGCCCUGGCAGCUGUGGGGCAGGCUCGGCUGGCCCCUCCCCGUCCAGCCCAGCAGAUCAUCCCGUGACCCGCGCUGACCACGGGCCCUUGCCCACCGGCUCCCAGAUGCCAGUUACACACCUGUCCAGCUGCCUCCCACUGCGAGCCAACCUCAGUUGUUGUUCUGUUUGUUCUUUGUAAAUAUUAGGAAGGUUGAAAGAAUAAAGGCGUUUC